CUUUAUACAAACGCUUGGUGAGGGCUCGCGCUUGGGCCUUGCAACUGGCUCAGGAGGCGUUGUAAUUGUGGAAGCCCAGUUAAGUACACCGUACAAUCUACUCAUACACCUCCAUCCUCUUUCACAAAUGUGCACAUCAAAUGGGCAACCUAACGUUCGGGAAACCGCCGGAGACAAUAACGGCAAACCCAAGGAAUAUAGCGCGCUAUACGCUCUUCAGCUAAGAGCCUUCAUAAAUGCUGCGGAGGAUGUGGACGCGGACCCAGAUGUAAUCGACGACCUGCUCGAAGGUUUGGGAGAUGUUGAUGAAGAAGAAGAGGAAGUUCAAGAGAGCGACCUUGAUGAUGACUUGGACCCAGAAAGCCCGGCUCUCCCUGCCCAUGAGCAGCACAGUGCUAUAGAGGAACAUAGCGACCUGGGCGAUCUCGAAGUGGAAACUGAGGUCAUAGAACAAUUAAAACGGGAAGCAGAUGGCGCAUGGUCAAAGGAAGACAUCCGGAAGAUGAUGCAUCACUUGAAAGAAUGCGGAAUGAGUUCCUUCAUCAGAGAAUAUGUUAUCACUCAAAAUAUCCCGAUAGUGAAACUUCUGUUCGCUUUCGGCAUUUUCUUGUGCCCUGAAUUGCGGAAUAAGCAACCUCAAACAAUGCUAUAUUUUCUGCGGGUCGCGAUGUCUAAAGAGCUUCAUCUCAGGGAAAAACUGCCCCAGUAUAACACCAUUUCUGAUGCAGUUUCCCUGAUUCAAGCAUCAAAGCGUGUGGUCGUGCUCACUGGCGCUGGCAUUAGCGUCUCAUGUGGGAUUCCAGACUUCAGGUCGCACAAUGGCCUGUACGCCAUGCUGAAGGAACGGGGAACCUAUGACCUCGAUGACCCUCAACAGAUGUUUGAUAUACACUAUUUUAGAGAAAACCCUGCUGUAUUCUACUCAUUUGCAAGCCAGAUAUAUCCGUCUAAUUUUACACCUUCUCCUUGUCACCGUUUCAUCAAAGCUAUAGAAGAUAGAGGCAAGCUUCUCCGAAACUACACUCAGAACAUUGACACGCUAGAAACACUCACCGGAAUUACUCGUGUGCUGCAGUGCCAUGGAUCAUUCGCGACCGCUACGUGUAUCCAGUGCAAACGGCACAUACCAGGUACCGAAAUUGAAAAAGAUAUCAUGGAACAUCGUGUUCCGUUCUGCACUGUGUGCUCGGAAGCUAAGAAGACAGCCGAAGAAGCCAGGACGGCUGCUUUCAAGAAAAAGGCCAAGAAGCGAGGUAGGAAGGAAUGGGAGGAGGGGACUGAUGAAGAGGAGGAUGCAAUACCAGUUGGCGUGAUGAAGCCGGACAUCACCUUCUUCGGAGAGAAGCUUGCGGAUGACUUUGAGCACGCCCUCGAGGACGAUCGAGAUAAAAUCGACUUGUUAAUCGUCAUCGGAACCUCACUGAAGGUCUCGCCUGUGUCCCAGAUUCUCUCGCAUCUUCCUCAUUCUGUCCCCCAGAUUCUGAUCAACAAGACUCCUGUCCGACAUAUUAACCCUGACAUCAUCCUUCUUGGAAAUGCGGACGAUAUUAUUCACCACCUCUGCGAGCAGCUCUCAUGGGAGUUACCACCACCAGUGGGGAAGCGCCUCGAGAUUUCGUCACUGGCGAAAUCAACAAAGCGCCCCUCGGGUGAAAUGAUGGGCAAAACCGAACCUGUUCGUGUUGCAAAGAGUCACGUAUGGUUGUUUGAAGGUGCCGAGGGGGGUAAAUGGGUGCGGGAUAUUGAGGAAAGGUUCCUGAAAGUGAAUGUGGCAUCCGAAUCGUGUGCAACCCAAGGUCGAGUCCCGAACGAGGGCCCAGAGGCAAAGAAGAUACGGACAGGUUGACAUUAUAACAUUCGCAUCCUUCGGGGUGCAUUGCUUCUAGUGAACGGGGACACGAAUGUUGCGGAGCCCACGAAUUUGAUGUACUUUCUUGUUAUACUACAGAUGUGUACCAUGCCAUAUUGUUUGCGACUCGAGAAGCAUUGAACCAGCU